ACAAAGUACCUUUUUUUUUUUUUUUUUUUAACUACAUGUCACUAAUAAAAAUCCAAAGCAGAAUCCACUAAUCGCUCGACCACCAUCUCUCCCAUGCCCAAGGCCGAUCGGACGAACCCUGAUACGGAACAUGCCAACAGCUCGCAGCAAUCUGUGCACCCUUCAACUCAAUUGCUUCAGUCAGGUGCAAAGACUCUUUUAGGUACUGGAUUACCUAACUUGCCUCACCUUCCUCUUGGACCGAAAGCUGGAUUCCUUCGAGGCUCCGUUCAUGCUCCAAAGCUGCCGAACCCACCCCAUGGGCACAAGGGCGCGAAUGAAUCUACCACACCAUCUAUUACCGCGUCCAACACUGUCCGCGGUCCAGGCCUCCUUUUCGCAUCAACUGCUGUUCCCUCACAGAGCAAGAGCCGUGCCUCGGCGUCUAACAAUUCUUUGCUUGGGCAAACGUACAAGCCGCCUUCCAAAGAGAAGAUAGCGAAGCGUGGCGCCGUUAAGAUUGUCUCAGCUAUGCCUACUGGAGAAGGAAUCGACUCGGCGAUUUCAGCUAAUCCUGCCGCAAGCCUCGCAUCCCCGAUAGUUCAAUCAUGCACUCCUCCAGUUUCAGAAGAUAUUUCUCACCAUGCCAAAGAUGUCAAAAUGGCCAAGGAAUCCGAAGACAGCGUCCAUCAUCGUGUCACGGAAGAAAACGGCACGAAGACCGAGAAAGAGCUCCCAGUUCGUGAGGCCAAAGAGACGGCUAAAUCUGGAGUAGCUGGAACAUCCUUCAUUAGUCGCAAUUCCAAUGUCACUCAAGACCAGAACCACAAGCCCUCCCAGCCAGAUGUUCGGAGCAUGCCGUCGACUCCAUCCAGUACUGAUCACGCGGAAGAAUUGAAGCGUUUUUUCGUCAACGCAAAUAGACGUCUCUGCCUGAGCAACCUGCCAGCUGCUACAACGGAGGCAGACAUCCGUGAACUUCUUCAGAAGAAAGCAAACACCGAUGACAAAUCAAUGUAAGUACUAUAGUGACUGGAUGUGCGUAGGUGGAGAACAAACUGAUUAUAUUGUACUACAGUGAAAGCGUUACCGUUUUCAACCGGUCGAACGGUCGCCUGGGCUACGCCUUAGUCGAUGUCAGGGAUCCCCAGGAAGCGACCCAUAU